GAAGCUUAACCCACCUCACAUAUUUCCCAAACUAACUAUUAGACACUCAAUGGCUUCAAUUUAUCAUCAAAACCAUCAUCAUCUCCAAUUCACUCUAUUUCUCACACAAAACCAACUCCCAUGGCUUCCUCCACUCUGUCAUCCGCCACUCCAUCUCAGCUAUGUUCGAGCAAAAGUGGAGUAUUCGCUCCGUCAUCGGCAUUGGCAAAAGCUGGAAAGGUGAAUGUGUUGAUGGGCAAAGGAAGAGUAGGAAGGAUGAGAGUGAGUUGCCAGGCCACAAGUAUACCAGCAGAUAACGUUCCUGACAUGGAAAAAAGGAAGCUGCUGAAUUUGUUGUUGUUGGGAGCUAUAUCUCUUCCUUCUGGCUUCAUGUUGGUUCCUUAUACUAACUUCUUUGUUCCUCCUGGUGGAGGAAGUGGUUCUGGUGGUACCAUUGCUAAGGACGCUCUAGGAAAUGAUGUUAUUGCUUCUGAAUGGCUCAAGAACCAUGGACCAGGAGACCGCACCCUUACCCAGGGACUGAAGGGAGAUCCAACUUACUUGGUUGUCGAGAGCGACAGAACUCUUGCAACUUUUGGAAUAAAUGCUGUCUGCACACAUCUUGGGUGUGUGGUGCCAUUUAAUAGUGCUGAGAACAAAUUCAUCUGUCCAUGCCAUGGAUCUCAGUACAAUAACCAAGGCAGAGUUGUGAGAGGACCUGCACCUUUGUCAUUGGCCUUGGCGCACUGUGAUGUUGAUGACGGAAAGGUGGUGUUGGUUCCAUGGACUGAAACAGAUUUCAGAACUGGUGAUGCACCGUGGUGGGCUUAAAACUAGACCAGAUCAAUCAGUUACUGCCUUACUGGUAUGAACUCAUUGUGGAGUGUAUUACUUGCGUCUGCAUCACCAAAGAUACAUGCUGUAUAUUAGAGUUAGUUUGUAAAAUGUAAUAUUCGAAUCUCCGUGGAUAGCAAUAUUCAAGUUUUAUCCUGGCAGAUACAUUUCCUUGCCGCUGAAUUACAUGCCUACAAUUUAUAUAUUGACGGUCGCUCAAAUUAUAUCCUUUUUCA